UGGCGGCGGCGAUGCGCAUGCAUGCAGUCCACUGCCUCAACGCAUCAUAGCGAACCGCAUUUGACAGCUAUCCAGGUUAGACCGAGGGGAAACGGAUCGCUCAAGGGAGGAAACCAGACUUGCUGAAUUUCCAACAGCCAGUCGUCAUCGCCCGCAUCCAGCCGAGAUGACAGCGUAACCAGGGCGGCGAGCUGUUAAAGAUACAAAAACACCGCCUCUUUGUUGAGUAUCUGCUGUGACUGGACAUGAAUUCGGCGGAACAGACGGUUACAUGGUUGAUUACGCUCGGGGUGCUGGAAUCGCCGAAGAAGACCAUCUCAGAUCCUGAAGCUUUUCUGCAGAGCUCCCUGAAAGAUGGGGUGGUCUUGUGUAGACUGCUGGAGCGGCUCAGCCCGGGGUCCACGGAGAAAAUUUACCAAGAACCGAAAAACGACGGCGAGUGCCUGAGCAACAUAAAGGAGUUUCUCAAGGGCUGCACAUCGUUCCGCGUCGAGCCGUUCGAGGCCAGUGACCUGCUCCUGGGCCUGAACUUCUCAAAGGUGCUCAGCAGUCUGGUUGCUCUCAAUAAGGUGACUGCAGAUAUCGGCGUGGGUAGUGAUUCAGUGUGUGCCCGGCACUCUUCCGCCCACCGCAUCAAGUCUUUUGAAUCGCUGUCCUCUCAGGCUUCACUGGGGCGAUCCUCUAAGCUGCUCCAGAAUCAGUUUCGCAGUCUUGACAUGUCAGAAAACAGCGGACAGCAAACGCUGGUGAAGGCGCGUUUCAACUUCCAGCAGACCAAUGAAGAUGAGCUCACUUUUGCCAAGGGUGAUAUCAUCGGUGUGACUCGUCAGGAGGAGGGCGGCUGGUGGGAAGGGACACUCAAUGGCAAGACCGGGUGGUUUCCUAGCAACUAUGUGCGUGAGGUCAAAGGCUCUGACAAACAAGUGUCCCCCAAGUCUGGCACCCUCAAGAGCCCACCUAAAGGAUUUGACACUUCUGCAAUUAGCAAGACAUACUAUAACUUGGUGUUACAGAACAUUUUAGAAACUGAGACAGAAUAUUCCAAGGACCUUCAGGUCCUCCUGACAAACUACCUGCGACCUCUUCAGAACAUUGACAGACUAACCAGCUCAGAUGUGGCUCUUAUUCUGGGGAACCUUGAAGAGAUCAGCACUUUCCAACAGAUGCUGGUCCAAUCGUUGGAGGAGUGCACCAAGCUUCCAGAAAGCCAGCAAAGGGUGGGUGGCUUUUUCCUCAACCUCAUGCCACAGAUGAAGGCUCUCAAUGUCGGUUACUGUUCCAACCAUCCUUCUGCAGUUAAUGUGCUCACCCAACACAGUGAAGUAUUGGGGGAUUUCAUGGAAGGGCGUGGUGCAGUCAGUCCUGGAAUCCUCACCCUGACCACAGGCCUCAGUAAACCUUUUAUGAGAUUGGACAAAUACCCCACCUUACUCAAAGAACUGGAAAGGCACAUGGAGGAGGGUCACCCCGACCGGCCAGACAUUCAGAAGUGCAUGGCAUCGUUCAAAAAUUUGUCUGCACAGUGCCAGGAGGUGCGGAAACGAAAGGAGCUGGAGCUGCAGAUUCUUACUGAGACCAUCCGGCUGUGGGAAGGAGAUGACAUCAAAACCCUGGGUUCUGUGAGCUACAUGAGCCAGGUCUUGGUUCAGAGUCCUUUGCCAGAGGAGAAGAAUGAGCGCUACCUCAUGCUUUUCCCUCAUGUGCUCCUCGUGUUGUCUGCUAGCCCCAGGAUGAGUGGCUUCAUAUUCCAGGGAAAACUGCCCUUAGCUGGCAUGAUAGUGACCAAACUAGAAGACUGCGAAGCCCAUAAAAACGCUUUUGAGCUCAAUGGCACAAUGUUUGACCGUCUCCAGGUGAUAUGCUCGAACCAGCAGGACCUGCAGGACUGGGUGGAACACCUGACGAGACAAAUCAAGCACACUGCAGCCAUAGCACCCAGCCACAAACCACUCACUGUUCCCUGUCACACGCUUCCAUCUCACCCCUUCACACCAUCAAGGCACGCUGAAGGAAGGGCGAUGACAGUAGCUCCUACCUACCACACCCUGCCUCACCCGUCUUCCCAUGGGACAUCCCACAGCACUAUGAUGUGGGGCCCACUGGAACCACCCAACACCCCCAAACCCUGGAGCCUAAGCUGCUUGCGACCUGCACCACCAUUGCGUCCUUCUGCUGCCCUCUGCUACAAAGAGGAUCUUAGUAAAAGUCCUAAGAGUGUGAAGAAGCUCCUUCCUAAGCGUAAACCUGAGAGGAAACAGUCUGAAGAGGAAUUUGCCUUGAGGAAGAGUACAGCUGCUCUGGAAGAAGAUGCCCAGAUCCUGAAAGUCAUUGAGGCAUACUGCACCAGCGCCAAAACCAGGCAGACUCUUAACUCUACCUGGCAGGGCACUGACCUGAUGCACAACCACGUGCUUGCUGACGUGGACCAGUCCUGCGUGGAUUCAACAGGCCGCCGUAGCAGCGUGUCUCGGCCAGAACUGAGCUCUGACCUCUCGGAGGACUCUGACUAUGACUCCAUCUGGACCACUCACAGUUACAGGAUGGGGUCAGUGCCGCGACCUCGAAGGGAGACAGGGCUGCAUGUGAUCAUCCCUGGUGAAGAAAAAGUUCUCUUAGAGGAUCCCAGUCGAAAUGGACAAAGUGCACUGGAAGAAAAGAGCUUGGUGGAUGUGGUCUAUGCCCUUCGGGAUGAAGUUCAAGAGCUGAAACAGGACAAUAAGAAGAUGAAGAGGUCACUGGAGGAGGAGCAGAGAGCAAGGAAAGACUUGGAGAAAGUUGUGAGGAGGGUGUUAAAGAGCAUAAAUGACCCAACGUGGGAUGAGACAAACCUGUGAGACUCAUCUUCACAACCAUGUGCAGCACUGAGAGAGAAAAAAACAAGAGCAUACAAUAUGUCGUAUUACACAUCUUUACAUGCAUGCACUCACAUAAGUUAAGGGUGAUUGUGUGAUUCAGAGAGAGUGCAUCUGUAAGCUGUUAUUCGUGUGCUUAUUUGAGAUGGAUGUGUAUGAGUGCUCUGAGUGUUAUUGCAGCCAUUCUGCUUAAAGGCUUCAAUGUAAUGCUGAAAAGAUUUGACCGUCUAUUAAACAGUAACAUUCCUUGGGCACCAAGCAAAAGUUGAACCCAUCAACAGCUGUGUUCAGGAAGAAAAAUGCUGGAAAAUAACAGGAGAUACAUGCACUCCUUUUGUUUACAAACAGGACCACUGUCCAGUGGUACAAAAAUGGUACUUUAAUGGUGUUAAUGGUCUUAAUUUGAACCAUGGCAUUUCAUUAACCUCUCUUAUGUUAUUUAAUUUUUUAAUGCAAUGACUUUUGCAGGGAACUUUCAUGGCCUGAGGGCUAAGUCUGAUGUUUUUCUUUGUUUUGUUUUUUUUAAGCUUGUAGUGAACUUUGUGUCAGGAAACUAAUCUUUUAUGUCCUUUUAUUUCCUUUAGUUUCCUUCUUGGUGUCUUUAUUCUUUGACCAAUUUAUAAUUUGACAUUCGUUCUGGGCAACCUAAGUGAAUUGUAUAGAUUUUGAACUUGUACUGUAUAAUGUAAAUACUGCUAAAAAUGAGCCUUUUCCUUUGGGAGAAAUAAAUGAGUUCAUUGAA